AUGACCCCUUCCGUAGCUGCUGCGCUCCGGCGUCUCCAGAGCGAUACACAGGACUUUUGGGCGCCCCUGCAGUCCCUCCGCCGCGUCGAUGCCGUCGACCUGACCCCACUGCAGUUCCAUCGCGAGUUCGUGAGCCGCAACGUCCCUGUCGUGCUCCUAAACGCCAUGACGUCAGCUGCGUGGCAAGAGGCCCGUGCGGCGUGGCAAGACGACGCGCACUUGGUCAAGCGAGCGGGGACCGCCGUUGUCACGGUGGACGUGACGCCGUUUGGGGUCGGCGACGCGGUCUUGGAAUGCUCGAGCGCGUCUUCUGACGCACUGUUUGUGAUGCCGGAAGAGCGCGACAUGCCGUUUGCGGACUUUCUCCAGUGGCUGCACGCGCGUACCGCGGGCCACGGGGUCCCGUACCUGUCGCACCAGAACGACAGCUUGCGCGAGCAACUGCCAGGUCUGUUUCAAGAAGUGCCGCCAGCGAUAGCGCUGGCCGUCGAAGCUUUUGGGAACGAACCGGAAGCUGUGAACCUCUGGAUUGGCGACGAGAGAGCCGUGUCAACAAUGCACAAAGACCACUAUGAAAACAUGUACUGCGUCGUAAAAGGUCAGAAGCACUUUACACUGCUGCCACCGUCAGCAGUGGGAUGUUUGUACGAGCGGGAGUUCCCUUCGGCGAGGUAUCGUCACAGAGCGUCACCUGAGCCGGACGCGGACGAACAGUUGGUAGUGGAUCGAGUUGCCACCAAACGCUUUCACGACAAGUACCCUCAGUAUGAGCAGUGGUCCAUUUGGUCGUCGAGCGACAAAGGAGAUACGCCAUGGAUUCCAGUGGACCCGUUGGACAUUGAUGAAAAGCGGUAUCCGCUAGCUGCAGCGCUCAAUCCGAUCGAAGUGGUGGUGCAUGCCGGGGAGGUCCUAUACCUGCCAUCGUUGUGGUAUCACCGUGCAGCGCACUUGUGCCCUACAGUCUCUGUGAAUUACUGGCACGACAUGGAGUUCGACUGUCGCUACGUGUAUUUCAACUUUGUGCACGACAUCGGGGCUGCUUGCGCGGCGCUAGAGGAUGGUCAAAACUGCACUGGCAACAUAUGUGAGGAAGAAGGCGCCGAGCAGGAAAAAAAUAAAAGCUUGCAGCAUUGA